AUGGCACACAGGCAACAUUAUCGAUCAUUAUCGACCGUAGAUAUCAUAUAUAUCAAAUCUACCAUAUAUUAUAUAUAUCAUAUAUAUAUACCAUAUACCAUUUAUACCAUACACCAGAUAUAUCAUAUAUAUUAUAUAUACCAUAUAUACACAUAUACCAAAUCUCCCAUAUAUCAUAUACAUCAUAUAUACCAAAUCUACCAUAUUCAUAUAAUAAAUACGUUAUACAUUAUUUUUGGCGUUUUUCUUGCGUGUUAUGCAAUUGCUAGCAGAGACGGCAGAUGGUACACAGGUACCUCGAAAACAUUAUCGAUCGUCGUCGGUACACCAGAAUCCACGUCAUCUCUCCCUGUCCCUCUCAGUCUCCCACACUCUCUACUCGACAUGGCAAUUUCUGCGUACAUCCCGAAAAUCGACGAAGAAGCACUCAGAACCGCUUUCCACGCUGAAGCCGAAGAUCAUGAGCAGCUAGAAAAUGCGAACCGCCGACAAGCCGAAAAGGAGAGAUUCCGCCAAAUUUGGCAUCUAUUUCUGACGCAUUUGGAGCAAGAUCCACGGAAAACUGGAAGUUUCUGGCUGCAAGAGCUGCCUGUGUUGCUCCGCGAGGUUUCGAGUUUCGAUGAGGAUAUUUUGGGAUUCGGAGCGCUUGAUGGUGAGGAGCAAUUCGAUUUUUUUGCAGUUGCAGGAGAAGCCGAAGUAGACGGGAACAAGUAUCCAUCAUUGUCGGGAAUGUGUAAAUUGUCGUUUUUCAUUAUAUUUUUCAUGUUUUUGCUGGUAUUAAUUUGCAUUUUUGGCUAUUUAAUAAGUGACAAAUAA